CACAGUGCAGUGCAGUGCAGUGUCCUGUGUCAAAGGCCUUGUCUACAUCGACCUCUGUAUCCAUAUCCGUUGCACACUUCACCUUAGUAGGAGAUUCAAGCUUUGCAUUACUGGUAUCUACAGUUGACAAAUCAAAGGUACAGGUCAUCAUGGCUAAUCUGUUUGAGGAAGUAGAUGACUCUGAGGAUAUAUUUAGCAGUGACCCGAGGGAGGACACCAAAGCUGGGCUGUUUGGUAGUCCAGACGAUGAUGACCUCUUCAAUGACAAACCACCGGCAGUGUCUGAUGACCAACUGUUUGGUGAGAGUGAGGUACUGAAUGGAAACAACUCCGAGUCAGUAGAUGAUGAAGAGUUUGUCGUAGUAUCACCUGACGAAGUACCGUCACCACAGGAGGCAGAGCAGUUACUGGAAGGCACUAAUGAACAACUAGAAGAUGUGGAUGGAGCAGAUGAUGUGGUGGAUGGCAGUACUUACGAGGAGAGAACUCGUCAGCGCAGGGAGAAGAGACAAGCGAGGGAAGGAGACAGGGAGACAAGAGAUCGGAGGUCAGCAUCACCUUCACCAAGCCCAACAGAUGGAAAGAAGGAGAGUAGUGUAGUGAUAUCAGUACGUAGCAGCCGCUCCACCACGCCAAACAGUCGAGUGAGCAGUCCCCCUGUGACAGAAGAGGUGCCACGCCCUCAGUCGGACAACGGGGAGGCUCUCUUUGCUGUAGAUGCCAGUGCCAAGAUUGCCCUGCUGACUGAGAAGUUGGAGCAGGAGUAUUCAGAGAAGGAAGGUCUUGCUGCUGACAAACGACAGCUGAGGGGAGAAUUGGACGAAGCCACCGCUAGGAUGGGACAGCUCGAGAGGGAAAUAAAUAGCAAGGACGAUGAGCUACAAGCCAAGAAUGCUCAACUGGAGAAGGCUGCAAAGAAAGAAGAGGAACUCAAUGCCAAGGUCGCUGAGUUGGAGGAAUCGAUCAGGAACAAAGACAAGGAGAUCGCAUCCCUAAAGGAUGUGAAGCCAGUGAAGCCUGAAGCCAGUGGCAAGAGAAUCUCUGAGAAACCACCCAGCUCUCCUAUCCCAAAAUCGCGAGUGAGGCCGGGAGUGGACAAGAGUCGCACUGUUUCGAGUGUCAAGGACUCUGUCAAGAAAUUCACUGUAGCCGGAUCAGCGGGGACACCUGAGGUCAAACGCUCUGUCCGCCCUCGAGGGGAAAAAACCGACGGUGCAAAGUCAGAGGAGAGCAACAAAGCCACCGAGAGCUCAAGAGCCUCAUCUGCCAAAGGAGAGAAACCACAGCCCAGUGCUAAGAAACCAACCCCCAAACCCAUUGCCAAGAAACCAGACGAGCUUGUCAACAAACCAGUGGGCAAGAAGCCAAUUGCUAAGAAACCAGUCAUCGAGUCGGUCAAGAAGGUUGUCAAAAAGACUGCUGAUAAGCCACCCGUGAACAAGAUGGAGCCAGUCGAGACCUCUCCCACUCAUCGCACUUACGUAAUUCCGGUACGAAAGGCCAUCCGAAGUGAGACAUCCCCCCCUCCGGUAGAGGAGAGCCCGGCUGUGAUGGAAAAACCUGUGGCUGUAGUAGCUGUCGAAAUCCCUGAACCAGUCGAGGAAGUAAAGGUGGAGCCGUCUGAGAGUCAGUCGGACACGAACGAUGACGACUCUUCAACUAGAGCUAAAAGGGUCAUCUCAAUGUUUGAGCAGAACACUAGCAAGGAUGCUGAGAUUCCUCCGUGGAAGAAACAGGUCAGAUCACGUGGCAACUCUAAUGAGCCGUCAGAGAAAGCGUCCCAACCAGCUCCUAUCAACCUUCCAAGUGAGCCUGUGGAGGAACCCAAACCAGUUGUAACGGAGCCAGUUGAGCCAGUGGAACCUGUCAAACCUGUUGAGGCUAUGGUGGAUGCACCAGUUGAGAUGCGGAAGACAAAUGGCACCAUGACUCAGCGCAUCAUGUCAGACAAGACACAGAGGGCAUCGUGGGCGGGAGGUGCGAAGCGUGAGGAGUGUGCCACUUGUGGGAAGGUGGUGUACGUCAUGGAGAGACUGGAGGCAGACAAAGUCGUCUAUCACAAGACUUGCUUCAAGUGUGUCGUUUGCAAAAAAACUCUCAGCACUGGUACUUAUGCCGCUCUACAAGGCAGCACGUACUGUAAGGUCCAUUUCAAACAGCUCUUCAAAAUCAAGGGUAACUACGAUGAGGGGUUCGGUCGAGAGCAACACAAGGCAAAGUGGGGAAAGAAAAUCGAUGAAUAAAUGAUUUAUAUUCAGUCUCCCAAAUGGACAUUACUUUUAGUACAUUAAUUACUCUGUGUUUAUACCUAUAACUCUAGAGUCACUUCUUAUAGCUUAUUUUUGUUGUACGUAGGAGUCACUGAGCCAUUCCUGCACUCGCGUAUAUUAUAUAUUUAUUUCAUAUAAUAUUGUAGAAAGCUAA